CUUCCUGCGUCAAAACGUUCCGGUGUUUCUAUGCGGCGGUGGGCUCGAGUGGCGCUUUUUGGAUCUUUAUGAGAGAUUAUGGCUGCUAACGGCGGCACCGAUUCGGCCACCGAACCUCCCGGACUAGAGACCCAGCGGCGGGAGAUCGAGAACCUGAACCGGAACCAGCAGCUCCGGGCUGGGGACAGUUGGUAUUUGUUGGACAAGAGAUGGUAUGACCAGUGGAAAGAGUAUGUUGACACCGGGGACCAAAAUUCCUCCUCUUAUCCGGGGAAGAUUGAUAACGCUGAGCUUUUUGAAGAUCUGGAUUCCUACCACCUGAAGGAACGACUGGCGGAGAAUGAAGACUUUGUCUUGCUCCCGGCAGAAGCUUGGCGCAAACUGUUGUCAUGGUAUGACAUGAUGGAUGACCAGCCUGCCUUGGAGAGAAAGGUCAUUGACCUUCCCAGCACUGUUAAAGUAGAAAUCUACCCUGUGGAGGUCCAGCUCUGUCUCUUUAGCAACUUGGAGAACACCGUGACUGCGCAGUUCAGUCGCGCUGACAAAAUACAUGCCAUACAGCAACAUAUACGGCAACAGUUUAUGGUGUCCGAGUCGUCUGAGUGUCGGCUGUGGAUGAGAAAUACGGAUACGAGUUCAGAGAGGUUACGCAACCUUAACAUGACAGUCCUGGACGUCUGUCUCAGCUCUGGCAUGACAGUGAUUAUGGAGAUAAGGAAUGCCGAUGGUACGUGGCCCACAUCCAGACCUCAGAUCAUGAGGAACUCUGCUGAAGAUCAGGACUCGUAUCGAGGGUCUCCUGGAGUGUGCGGCCUUACAAACCUGGGCAACACCUGCUUCAUGAAUUCAGCCCUACAGUGUCUGAGUAACACGCCGCCACUGACCGAGUACUUCUUGAAGAACCUGUAUCUGGACGAGCUUAACUUUAGCAACCCACUGGGCAUGAAGGGAGAGAUCGCAGAAGCCUACGCUGAUGUCGUCAAACAGAUGUGGUCGGGGAGGCAUUUUUCGGUGGUUCCUCGGGUGUUUAAGACUAAGGUGGGCCACUUUGCAUCACAGUUCCUGGGUUACCAGCAGCACGAUUCUCAAGAGCUUCUGUCCUUCCUGCUGGACGGUCUUCAUGAAGACCUUAACCGGGUGAAGAAAAAGGAGUAUAUUGAGCUGAGGGAUGCAGACGGCAGACCUGACCAGGAAGUUGCUGAGGAGGCCUGGCGAAACCACCUGAGACGGAACGAUUCGGUCAUCGUUGACACAUUCCACGGGCUGUUCAAGUCAACGCUAGUGUGCCCGGAGUGCCACAAGGUCUCUGUGACCUUUGACCCCUUCUGCUACCUGAGCGUGCCGUUACCUGUCAGUAAAGAAAGGGUUUUGGAGGUGUUCUACGUCUCGCUGGAUCCUAUGGCCAAGCCAACACAGUAUCGCUUGAUCGUCCCUAAAGCUGGCCGGAUAUUUGAUUUGUGCUCUGCACUCACGCAGGCAACCGACGUCCCACCCAACCAGAUGGCUGUGGCUGAUGUUUUCAAUCACCGAUUCUACAGGAUUUUUCGGCCCGAUGAGUCCUUGAGCUGUAUAUUGGACCGGGACGACAUAUUUGUGUACGAGUUGAGCAGUGGUUUUCUGGAUCAGGGCAGUGAAGAGGUGCUUUUGGCUAUCUACAUGCGCGAGCGCUCUCACUACAGAGAUUACGGGUCAGGAAGCAACAGCUACGGCACGUCCCUGUUCGGUCACCCGCUGCUGAUGUCCAUACCGCGCACACGGUGCACACGAGAUGAUCUCUAUGAGCUCUUCCGUGAAAGACUGACGCGGUAUGUUCGACCACUUGACCCUUCAGAAGAAGUAGAAGAGGAAGAGGAAGCUGAGGAUGAGGAAGAGGAAGAAGAAGAAGAGUUGUAUACGGCUCAGACCAAUGGAGUUCGUGAUGAUGAGGGUGAGGACGAUUUAGAGGAGGCGGGGCCUUCCAAGAAAGUGGAAGAAAAACAAGAGAGCGCUCAAACUGAAGAACACAGCAGCGGCCAAUUGGAAGCCAGCCCGAACAGCGAGGGGGAGGAGAGAGCUGAGGAGGAGGAGAGAGCUGAGGAGGAGUCAAGUAGCGAACAGGACCGGGGCAGCAGUACGGAGGAGGGCCAAUCAGCAUGCGGCAGCACCGACACCAAUUCCCAAGAUGCAACUGACGGGGACCAAGGUGCUGGAGCGGAACCUUCGGGAAAGGAGGAAGAGGAGGAAGAGGAGGAGGAAGAUGGAGAAGGGGCAGCAGCGUGCAUAAAACCAAAUACGAGACCUGUGGGAAGACGGCGAUGCACUGAAAAACCCAAGAAAGCCCUCUUUACCAUUCAGAUGGUAAACUCAAACGGUACCACAGAGCGAGGAACUGCGGAUGUGGAUGGCAGCUUCUCUUUCAGCUCUCUGACAUACAUCGCCAUUGACUGGGACCCUGACAUGAAGAAGAAAUACUACAAUGAGAACGAGGCCGAGAAAUACAUCAAGCAUCCGAGUAUGGACAUCCCUCACCAGCAAACCAUAGUGCAGCUACAGGAAUGUAUAGAGCUCUUUACCACGGUAGAGACACUGGAAGAGGAAAACCCCUGGUAUUGCCCAAUGUGUAAGAAACAUCAGCUUGCCACUAAGAAACUGGAUCUGUGGUCCUUGCCAGAGGUGCUCAUCAUCCAUCUAAAGCGUUUCUCCUACACGAAGUACUCGAGAGAGAAACUGGAUACCGUUGUGGAUUUUCCUCUGCGGGGGUUGGACUUCUCCGAUUUUCUCCUAAAGAAGACAGUCAACAGUGAUGAUCCUCCCUGCACGUAUGACCUGAUCUCUGUGUCGAACCACUACGGCGGACUCAGGGACGGACACUAUACUAGUUAUGCCCGGAACAAGGACAACGGCCAGUGGUAUUACUUUGAUGAUAGUAAGGUGACCUAUGCAAGGGAGGAACAAAUCAUGACCAAUGCCGCCUACCUCCUGUUCUACCAGCGCCAAGACAAGAUCCGUCAGCCCAGCGUCCCUCCGCCCGUACCCUCAACCACCCAGCCAGUCAACCACAUUACUGCUCAGACCCCCGAUGACGUUGACGGAAACUCUUCCUGUGUCAGCAUGGAGACGGACUGACUUCUGUCCUUCUGCCUCUCGUCACUUCCUUUGUCACAUUCUGUUCUAUCAUCCACCUCUCUCCGAUUCAAGAGAUUUUUGUUUUUGUUCAUCUUAUUCUGCGGACACUUGAACCUCUGCCUCUCCACUGUCAGGAAGCGGGAGGCGGAGGCAACUCUCUCAGGCUGGUGCACGAGCAUCACGGGGUGGGAAUGCUGGGUUUGUUUUCUUCUUAAUGACAAACUCAUGAAAACGGGUUAGGCUGGUGGAUUCAGAGGUGGCACACUGAUUACUCAUUUCAACAAUGCUGAGAAUGUAGUGGAUGAGGUUGCACCCGCAGCACUUGGCGGUCAUUCGCGCAGUCCAAGCACACUGCAUUCUUUUUCUUUUCUUGUUCUCAGGCUUGCUUCUCUGAGCUGGCCAAGGUACUGUCUACAAUGAUGAUGCUCGAUGUAAAUGCACAACGUUGGUCUCAGUAGUUGCGUUUAGCGUGGUAGCUAUUAGCCGGGUGCUUGCCCUCAUUUCUCAUAUCAGGGACAUCAAGGACAGAAAUCCAGCUGUUGCAAAAUAACUCUGUGAAGAGGGGGAGACUAUUCCAAGGUGGAUAAAAAAUAGCUUUUUGUUUACUCAAACUAUUUAUUUUCUUAAUUUACAGAUGUGCAGUUAAAAGAGAGCUAUAAUUCUAAAGGGCAGCGUCUAAAGGCCUCUACAGAUCAUUUUUCAGCUUCAGUCUCACCCUCUGUUGCGGGACACAAGCGGAGGUCUUUUUUUAUCUCGGAUGAAAGGAAACUUCACAACAGGAUUAAAAUAUUACAUUCUUUUUGACUGAUUGUGUGCAAUUUCUAACGAACUCUUUGGAGUAGUGAGAAUAUUUCAGCAAAGUGCUUUCUGGAUAGAGAGCUUUUCAUGAAGAUUUUUAAGGCGCCUCUGUACAGUAUUUUUGUAUUGUAAUAAAUGUUGUAUUAUCUUCGAUCAUCUGGAUCAGAUGCUGGGAAGAGGGGAGCUUUCGUUUUAUUUUGUUAAUAAUUAUAGAUUAAAUAUAUAUAUAUAAUUGUAUACACAACCUUUGAUAUAAAUAAAUGAUGACUAUGAAAUUGAGGUUCGAUCGGACACAUUUGGCUUCCAUUACAUUUUACCUCUGAAUAAAGGGGUAGAAUUGCAUUUUUCAUGCUUUGUACUGAUUUCAUAUUGACUUGUCGGCUGUUCACAGUCUUGUUUUUAGUCACCCGGUAAAUUUCACAUGCACUUUUCUAAAUAUGCAGUUAAUUCUUAUAUACACGGGAUACUCACACACAGGUGAACAUCACAAAACCUGUAAAUGACAUAUAUGUGUCGUAUUUCACCCCAACUAUUUUAUCAUGCAGAUAAUCCAUUUUGUUUGAGUCUAAAUAAAUUCAACCAUGCAGUUAAUGCAUCACUUUUACUACUUAUAUUUAUAAGUUUACUGAAGUUGAUUGUUUUAAUGAAAAGGCUUAACAAUUGCAUUUAUUUAGGAAAAACAAAAAAGCGGUAAGAAAACAUUCUUACCUGCAACAUUCAUUACCUUUAUUUAAAUAUUUCUGAGAUAAACUGUGUGAAAUGUACAAAAUCAAACUGAAUGUAAACUCUAUCAUGAGAUGGUUAGCUGAGGAUGAGUAAUUGGAACGUUAGGAGAUUUAUUUUGUAUAGACUCACAAUUCGUUCAAUAUACGGUAUCUCAGUCGCCAGUAAAUACAGAUAUUUGUAACAAUAUGUUAAAGCCUGUUUAACUGCCAGAAUGAAUCCCACCAGGUGUCGUGGGGACACUGUUUGUAUAGAAAUGAAAUACUGUAAAUAAGUGACCAAAUAAAAGAUUUGCAUUUUG